AUGGCCGAACCCAGGUUCGGGCUCUCUGAGGCCAUCUCAGAGGAACGCACCGAGCCAUUUUCACAGUCCGAGAUUGACGCCCGAUUCAGGGGCAUUCGCGUCGAGGAGCCGGUCCCCGCGACCGACGCUGUGGCCGUCCCGCUGGACGAUCUCCAGGUUGAGGACCACCACCACAAGCAGGGCAUCCGCAUCCUCUUCCGCCCUCUGGCCAAGUUCCCCAGUGCGCGGUCUGUGAGCCCUGGUAGUGACAGUUGCCAGUGGCUCGCUCUCCGCGCCGAAGUUGCCUCCUCGGAGCAGCCAGAGCAUAAAGUCCUGGCAGUGACUCAGACAUCCAGGGAUAUCAAGUUCUCCGUCCGUAUCCCCGGCGAGACACAGGAUGACUCUCCAAGACCCCCUCUGUGGUGCGAAUUGUAUUACGAUCCCGCCAGUGACAAGGUCAUCUUCCUGAACAAGUCGGACGUGCCAAUUUCUCUCUCCAGCGUGUCUCCGACGCCACUUUCGAGUCCUCCCCUCAGUGCCGCUCACAUCAUCAAUCCGGGGUUGGCCAAGGCUCUUAAGCCUGGAACCUGGCGCAUCACUGUCCGAGACAUUGACGUUCUCGACUUUCGAGUGUUGGAGAAGCGCCCAGUGACGCUCUACCAACCUCAGCCGCCAAAGGCCCCCGAGGACGUGUCGUCGACGACCAGCUCUGCCCAUAUCAACUCGAGCGGCAAGCGAGCCUUGACUCCCGAGUAUGACGAGAAGAGGGUGAAACGCCGCGUCUCUGAUCCGGAGACACCCGGUGACGACGGCGUCAUCAUGUUCCUCAGGCCCGCCGGGGAUCAUCUCGUCUUUCCCCUUCCCAACGGCCGUGAGAGCAAGGAGCUCUCGACUGUGAACGGCCACGCUUUGCUAGACGCCGAAAAGGGCGACACGAUUGCAGUCCCGGGUGUUUGCGAACUGGACGAGUACCAGCUCACCAAGCGGGAGCCCAUCGCAUCGACGUCUCUGUCGGCUGUCUACACUGCGACUCAUUCCCACGUGCCUGAUAACAUUGUCACAGUCAAGGUACUCAAGACGCGUGUCGCAAACCCCAACGACAAGCCAUUAGUUCACGAGCGGAACGUCAUCCGCCAGGCCGACAUGUGGCUCCGUGAGUGCAAGAGUCAGGAGGACUUGCAGCACGAGUCCAUUGUACGUUACUACGGCGGAGAUGCGCGUUUCUUGUCCCUCUACAUGGAGCAUGUGGACGCCAAGGAUCUCACGGCGGCACCACGGUGGAGGAACAAGGCCAACGACGAGUUCUUGGGUGACAGGAAUGACGCCGUUAGGAUCCUAGGGGAUAUCGCCAGCGCCCUCAGCUACAUCCACGGUCGCAAGCUGGUGCACAACGACAUCAAGCCUGCCAACAUCCUCUACUCGCCAGAGCGAGGCGCUGUCCUCUGCGACUUUGGCCUGUCGACCCUGGCCGCUAAUUCACCGACGACGGGCGGAACACCGUACUACGUCCCUCCGGAGUUCAUUGGGCGCAAGCAACGCGGAACGGCCUCUGAUGUCUGGGCCCUGGGUGUCACCAUGCUCUACGUGUUGCGCAAGAUCGCAUUCCCCGACUCUCGCGCUCGUCGACAGCACCCGCGACCUCUGUACUGGCAGAUCGCCGGCGUCAACAACCCUGCCGUGCCGCACAAGAACUACGGCAAUGGUCAGCCCGCCAUGUCCCAGAUGCGGGACUGGCUUACCGAGAUUUUCGAGGCCAGGGAGAACCUCAACUCCAAGGAUCGCCUUGAGCGCCUGGUCAUGGAGAUGCUCUAUCCAAACCCGAACCAGCGUAUCACCAUGGCGAAGGUGUUGCAAGAGCUGGCAACCGAACAGGUUGUCGCCCCUGUCAAGUGA